UAGAAAUCAUAAAGGCCUUGUAGGCCUAUACUGCUUACUGUUUGUCAUUGUCAACUUAUUGUUCGCCAGUGCUGUAAAAUAAAACUGCUAUGGGCUAUAACGUAUAUAUGCGAAACCUAAACUUUUUAACACUUUGGGAACGAUAACAAAAGUAAUAUUAUGUAGAAAGAAAAGGAAAUGAUCUGUUAGAAAAGAGCAUUGUUAAUUGUUUAAAACGCGAUCAGGAAAUCUGGGAUUUAGAUGCGAAAGUUAUCUCAUCUUGCCCCUGUACUGCUACACAUAUACUCAUAUAGCAUAUCAAUCGUAAAUUAGGUAUAAGGAAGUACUGGAUUGUAUUUGUUAAAGCAUUAAAAUGAAGGUAAUUUACGCUGGUUAUGCUAAAACCGGUACCAAGACAAUGGCUGCCGUGUUCAAUGAGUUCGGCUACAAUACGUACGACUUCUUUGAGAACUCGUUUUACCUCGGUAAGGAUUGGGUAAAAAUAAUCAACGAAGGUGGAACCGUGGAAGAUUUUCGAAGAAUGUACAAAGGUGUCGAUGCUGUGCUUGAUUCGCCAACUUUUAUUUUUUGGGAGGAAAUAUCAGAAGCUUACCCGGAAGCUAAGAUAAUCUUUUCUGUGCGGGAUGAAGAAUCCUGGCUUCGUAGUUUGGAGAAGCAAGUACAUUCUCAUGUGUCUGAACCGAAGUAUCUUUUAAUGCAAAUGCUCUCUUACUCAGGAUGGGGCCUCUUUAGGUUUACUCAAGCUACUGCUCUUGUGGUUAUCGGUGCCGCAAUAAAGUGGCCUUGGGGACCAGUAAAUUAUAACCCAACAUUAUGGAAGAGAAUUUAUAGGAAUCACAACAGCAACGUUCUGCAAGUGAGUUCUCUGUUUAUAUCGCUGGUUAUUAAACCAUAUAGGAUAUCGUUGCCAGAAGGCUACACGCUUGAUUCUUACCCACGAUAAUUAAAAGUAGAUCAA